GUAUUAAUGAACAGUAUUGGAGCUCGAUUGUAAUUCCUUGUCGAGCGGGAACCAGAAGUAGAAACUACCAGACUGGAUUAGUUUACUGUGGAGUUAAUAUCCUGCUGUCAUGGACUGGGACCAGAAUGAGUUGCUGUCGCCUAUUGUACGAGAUGCCGAAGUGACCAGAGCAGCACGCCGAAAGAGUUCAGUUCAGAAGAAGGCUCAAUUCAACUUCCUUUCUCCUCGUGAUGACAACCAAGGUAGUACCACCACACCUGCCCGUUCCCUGCCCUGCCACACACCUGGAUCCCUCUUCAAACAGUCCUGUAAGUCUGCCCUCGUCAAACAGUCCUUCACCCCGAAGAGUGCUGCUAGGAACCCAGAUGUGUCGGCCAUCUUGGCGACAGGGCGCAGGACUCCUCGUUUCAUCCAUACGCCACGACCUCCCCUGGGCAGUAUGAGCAUGAACCUGGAUGACAGUGACUGGACCAACAGCCUGUACCCGUCUCCUCUGUCCGGCCUGGGACUGGGGGACACCAGCUUUACUGACGACAUCAACAUGUCCUCUGUGAUGCUGGAGGAGGAGGAUCCUGGAGAGGCUGCAUCAGUCAGUCUGUUCCCAGAGUUCCUCCAGUCCUAUCUCAGACACUCCUCCACUGCUGUCUUUGACCUGCUGGGGGAGUAUGAAGCCAUCUGUCAAGACAAGGUGGGCAUGCUCCAGAGGCUGGUAUCGAGGGCAGCUCCAGGGCAACAGAAGUCCUCUAAGACUGCUGGUAUGAGAUGGCUUUUACAGCAGGAGAUGGUCACCUGGCGCCUCAUCACUUCUCUAUACAGAGACAGGAUCCAGUCAGAGCUGGAGGAUGACAUCAUGAUGGAUGUGGCUGCUCCCGGUGUUAGUGAGAAGGUGGUGAUGGAACAACUUUUCCAGAGAGAUGCUGUAGUACGCCAGAGUCAGUUGGUUGUGGAUUGGUUAGAGAGUAUCGCCAAAGAUGAAAUCGGGGACUUCUCCGACAACAUUGAAUACUACGCCAAGUCUGUCUACUGGGAGAAUACCCUUCAUGCUCUGAAACUGAGAAGAAACACAUCCAGCACAGGCUUCAAUGUUCCCCUGGUUACUGAGCUGGACCCUGACGCCCCCAUCAGACAGAGACGUCCCCUGGCAGACCUGGACAGAGAGGAUGAUGCCAGACUGCUGAAGUACCUCUUCACCCUCCUCAGAGCGGGCAUGACUGACGAGGCCCAGAGGCUGUGUAAGCGCUGUGGCCAGGCAUGGAGAGCUGCUACUCUGGAGGGAUGGAAGCUGUACCACGACCCCAACAUCAACGGAGGCGGUGCAGAGCUGCUACCGGUGGAGGGGAACCCUCAGCGCUGUGUGUGGAAGGUCUGCUGCUGGAGGAUGGCUGAUAGUGAACACUUCAGCAGAUAUGAGAGAGCCAUCUACGCUGUUCUGAGUGGGAACCUCAAACGGCUGCUCCCAGUGUGUGAGUCGUGGGAGGACAGUGUGUGGGCCUACUUCAGGGUCCUGGUAGACUCUCUGGUGGAACAGGAGGUCCGGUCCUCAGGGAUGGGCAGCGAGGAGCUGGAGGAGCUGCCACGAGAGUACCUGGAGGCCAACUGGACACUAGAGAAGGUGUUUGAGGAGCUGCUGGCAACAGAGUCAAAGAAAGUCCUGGAAGAGACGAAAGAACACUACCACAUUAUCCAGAAGUUAGUUAUCCUGGGUGACCUGGACGGUCUGUUGGAGGAGUUCAGUAACUGGUUGACCAGGAGUCCUGCUCUGCCCUCUCACCUGCUGCGCUUCAUGACACACCUGGUGUUGUUCUACCGUAGUCUGGGCAUGCAGCUCAAGGAGGAGGUAUCAGUGGAUGUCCUGAAGGCCUACAUCUCUCUGUUGAUGAGGGAGAAGCACGUUGAUCUGAUAGCCUUCUAUGUCAGUCACCUGCCGCCAGACCUGGCCACCGCCCAGUACGCUCUCUUCCUGGAAGAGGUCACCGAGGCUGAGCAGAGACAACGCUGUCUGGAGCUGGCCAGGGAGGCAGGUCUGGACGUGGCAGCGGUCACUAAGAUGGUGGUGGAGAACAUCAGAGAGAGAGACACUGAGGAGUUUGCUCAUCAUGACCUCACCCCUGCACUGGACACUGGCACCUCAGCGGAGGACCAGAGGAAGAUCGAUGUGAUUGAUUGGCUGGUGUUUGACCCCGCCCAGAGAGCUGAGGCACUCAAACAGAGCAACGCCAUCAUGAGGAAGUUCCUGGCCUGUAAGAAACACCAUGCAGCUAAGGUGGUGUUCGGUAAGGUCCCCGAGGACUCCAUGAGGGAGAUCUACCGCCAGUGGGAGGAGCUAGGCCUGGACACGCCCCUUCCCGCGGAGGAUGAGAACGCCAUCAGGGAACACCUGUGCGUCCGCGCUUACCUGGAAGCUCAUGAGGCGUUUAAUGAGUGGUUCCAUCACAUGAACUCCCCCCCUCAGAAGCCCAGCCUGCCGGCUCAGGCCAAGUUCACUGAGAAGGUGGCCUACGAGAUGAAGGAGAACGAGUACCAGCUGGAACAUGACAGCUGGACCGGCCGUCUGGAGGCUCUGACUGAAGACGUGAAGGAGAGGAUCUACAACGUCCUGCUGUUUGUGGACGGGGGCUGGAUGGUCGACGUCAGAGAGGACACGGAGGAGGACCCAGAGAGAGGCCACCAGAUGGUGCUGCUUCGUAGACUCUGUCUGCCCAUGAUGUCCUUCCUGUUGCAGACAGUACUGCAGAGAACACAACGUCACCAGGAGAGUCUCAGACUGGCUGAUAUCAUCGCCUCAGACCAACACCGUCUCUACGAGGUGUUCUCCAAGGAUGAGCUGAGGAAGUUCCUUCAGAAGAUGAGGGAGUCGUCUCUUCUCUUAUUGGAUAAGGGUCUAGACCCGCUGGGGUACGAGAUCCAACCAUAAACACCCCACCCGGACAUUUUUUAUUUUUUUUGCCAAGUUUAAGUAAUGGAGUGAAUGAUUUUCUGCAUUUUGUAUACAAUAAAAGUGACGUGUCUGAAA